AUGCACACACCACUAUCCGCAUGGCUUGCUCUGUCGGCAGCAAUAAUACCUGGUGCUACGGCCUUUUACCCAUAUCACUAUGCUGGCGACAGCGGUUCCUCGUCGCAGCCGUCGCGACGCACAUCUCGGCCAGUUUCCAUCGAUAACGCGCGGUUGAUAACGCUUCCUCUCCGUCGGAUCCCUACCAGUCUGCAGUCGCGAGAGAAUGUGUACCAGAUUGUUGCGUCGAACAAGCCGAGCCAGGAGAACAGCGUGGCAAUUGACCAGGAUGGCAAGGAUUUGAGCUAUAUGGUGGCCGUGACGUUUGGCGACAGCAAGGAGGAAUACCACAUGUUGCUGGAUUCGGCGGCGAGCAACACAUGGGUCAUGGGCCAGGACUGCAAGAGCGAGGCGUGCAAAACGCACAAUCUGUUUGGUGCGGGCGAUUCGAGUUCGCUCAAGACAGAUACCAAAAGCUUCAGCAUCACCUACGGCACCGGCUCGUCCAGCGGCACCCUCGCCACCGACACCGUCCACCUGGGCAGCCUCUCGUCUCCGCUGACUUUUGGCCUCGCCACCAAUGUGUCUGACGAAUUCCGCGCCUACCCCAUGGACGGCAUUCUGGGCAUUGGCCGGGGCUCUGGCAGCGACGGCGACAUUCACGCGCCUCAAAUUAUGGAUGUGCUCUCGUCCAACCGCCUGAUCAACGCCAAACUCUAUGGCAUCCACCUCAGCCGCGCCAAAGACGGCCUCAAGGACGGUGAACUCGAUCUGGGCCAAGUCAACCCCAAGCGCUUCACCGGCGACAUCAACUACAUCGACUGCGUGGAAAACGACACGGGGUUCUGGGAAAUCCCGCUGCAAGGCGCUAGUGUUGAUGGUGCCGACGCGGGCCUCAGCACUGCGGCUCGCACCGCCAUCAUGGACACGGGCACAUCGUACAUUCUGAUGCCCAAGGACGACGCUGUCGCCAUCCACGCCAAGAUCAAGGGCCAGACGCAGAACGGAGAAGCGUUUUUCGUCCCCUGCGAUACCACGGCCGUGGUGCAGUUUGGCUUCAACGGCCAGAAAUACAACAUCUCGGCUGCAGACUGGAUCGGCGACCAGGUGGACCAGAGCAAGAAUCUGUGCCGCAGCAAUAUUGUGGGACGCCAGACGUUUGGCGCCCACCAGUGGCUCGUCGGCGACGUGUUUCUCAAAAACGUGUAUUCGGUGUUUGACUUUGACAAGUCGCGCGUCGGCCUGGGUGUUGUGGGUGGUGUUGAGACGACGAGUACGGGUAUGUAA